UAGGCAGAUCACCCAGUCGCUAUAAGGUAUGAUCCCCGAAUCAUACCUUAUAUCGCUUAUAUCCAUCUAUCCUACAUGUAAAGACGACCGAGCUAUUCUUUUACGGUUAUGCCUCCGCUGAUCUAAGUUUAUACAACAGGAAAGUAUAUUAGCCUUGGCACUUGUCCCUACCGCAGUGAUGGGAUGAAGCUACCAGUUAUUAAAAGUCGGAAUACAUUACAGUGCUACAACGAGUGUUCCUUGAUAAUUUUAAUUCAGAUUUUAUCGCUUACCUUCAUAUCGCAAUGUCGUUGAGACUGUGGAUAUUACUGAAUCCUGAACUGUAUAAAUAUUCGUCAUUGUAUCUGAAAUGCUUAGAAAGAAAUGCCAUCCGUCUCUUCGAAGUAAUCUUUCAUCAGCAAAGACAAUUCAGCAAAUUAAUCGCACGGAGGUUAAUCAGCAUUGUGAAAGGUUACUCAGAUUAUGCAGCGAUCCGACAUACACCACGAGACUAUGGGAAAGUUAUCUGGCGAUUUUCUCGAUUUUGGAGAAGAUUAAGUGCCUCGAAGAGAUGAGAAGAUUCGAGAAGACAACGUCAACAACGCCACGUGCAUCAGCGAUACAGCACUUUGUCGAGUGGUUGCAAAGUCAUGGAGCGAAAAUUGAAGGUGUCAGCAUCACUGAAUUUGCAGGCUUCGACCUUGGGAUCAGAGCUGACAAAGAUUAUCAUGCGAAUGAACUGGUAUUGGAGAUUCCUAGAGAAGUCAUUUUUAGUAUUGAGACUGCUGCUCUAGAACUCCAUCAUCUUCCAUCAUGAAUGAUCCAAUAAUUCAAAACAUGCCACAAGUGGCCCUGGCUAUUGCUCUCCUGGUAGAAAAGCACAAGGAUAGUUCGAAGUGGAAACCUUACUUGCACAUGCUACCCGCAAGUUAUCGUACUGUACUUUAUAUGAGUACCAACGACAUGGCCAGAGCUUAAAGGAAGUCCUACACUGGGAGCAGCUCUAAAACAGUGUAGAAACAUUGCUCGUCAAUAUUCGUACUUCAACCAAAUGUUCCAAAGUAGCGGUAACAGUAAUGAGGUCUCUCAAAUAUUGAAGGACGUAUUCACCUAUGAAGAAUAUUGGCCUUCCGGCUUAAUCGAUUACUUUGAAUCCAAUUUUUGGGCUUUUCAUCGCAUACUAGCCUUAAUAUGUACCACUCUCAUUAUUUUGCAGG